GACACGGACGCGCACUGACGGAGCAGCAGAGUCCGUCCUGUCCCAGCUCCAGCGCACAUCCAGCGGGGCCGCAGCGCAGCUCCUCCCGCAGCAGCACCAUGACGAACAGGUCCAAACCCGCACACUGAGCCGCACCGCGCACGAGAGCAGCGCGGGACUGUGGAGACAUACGAACGCACGACCGGCGAACGCACGCAAGCGCGCACGCAGGAGGGGGGGGGAGACGAUUAACGCAGCAGCAUCAGAUCCACGGGCACGCCGCGCGAGGAGAGCUCCACCGCGGGACUGCGCUUCUCUGACACCCGCAAGAAAAAAAACUGGUCCCGCACGACUGAGACAUGUCAUCGUCGGGGAAGGACGCAAACAGCGGCCAUUACGCCAACUAUGUGGGACCGUACCGCCUGGAGAAGACGCUGGGCAAAGGACAGACAGGUCUGGUGAAGCUCGGCGUCCACUGCGUCACGUGUCAGAAAGUCGCCGUAAAGAUUGUCAACAGAGAAAAGCUCAGCGAGUCUGUUCUUAUGAAGGUGGAACGGGAAAUAGCGAUUCUCAAACUCAUAGAACAUCCUCACGUUUUAAAGCUGCACGACGUCUACGAAAACAAGAAAUACCUGUAUCUGGUGCUGGAACACGUGUCCGGGGGGGAACUGUUCGACUACCUGGUGAAGAAGGGUCGGUUAACGCCUAAAGAGGCCAGGAAGUUCUUCAGGCAGAUCAUCUCGGCCCUGGACUUCUGCCACAGUCACUCCAUAUGCCACAGAGAUUUGAAGCCCGAGAACUUGUUGUUAGACGAGAAGAACAACAUCAGGAUAGCGGACUUCGGCAUGGCGUCUCUGCAGGUCGGGGACAGUCUGCUGGAGACCAGCUGUGGAUCUCCACACUACGCCUGCCCAGAGGUGAUCAGGGGGGAGAAGUACGACGGGAGGAAAGCAGACGCCUGGAGCUGCGGAGUCAUCCUGUUUGCUCUUCUAGUGGGCGCUCUCCCGUUUGAUGACGACAACCUGAGGAAUCUUUUGGAGAAGGUGAAGCUGGGAGUUUUCCACAUGCCUCACUUCAUCCCUCCAGACUGUCAGAACCUUCUGCGCGGCAUGAUUGAAGUGGACGCCGGCAAGAGGCUCACGUUGGAUCAGAUCCAGAAGCACACGUGGUACCUAGCUGGAAAGAAUGAGCCGGAGCCCGAGCAGCCCGUCCCCAGGAAGGUGGCCAUCAGGACGCUGGCUGCGGCCGAGGAGAUCGACCCUGACGUCCUGGAGAGCAUGCACUCGCUGGGCUGCUUCAGGGACAAGGACAAACUGGCCAAAGACCUGCUGUCUGAGGAGGACAACCAGGAAAAGAUGAUCUACUUCCUGCUCCUGGACCGUAAGGAGCGGUACCCCAGCCAGGAGGACCAGAACCUGCCUCCGAGGAGCGAGAUCGCUGACCCACCCAGGAAGCGCGUGGACUCACCGAUGCUGAGCCGUCACGGCAAACGGAGACCGGAGAGGAAGUCCAUGGAGGUGCUGAGCGUCACGGAGGGGGGGUCUCCUGUACCGGUACGACGAGCCCUCGACAUGGCAACGCACGGGCAGAGCAAAUCUGUUUUCAGUAAAAGCUUGGAUAUCACAAACGCUAACUGCAGCAAGGAGGAAAGAUCGCGGUCGAUCAGCGGAGCGUCCUCCGGCCUGUCCACCAGUCCUCUCAGCAGUCCCCGGCCCAAUCGUCGGUUUUUCAUCCCGCCCCAGUCCCCGGACCUGUGUCAGUCCCCCAACUGCAGCCCCACCCACUCCCUUGAGGUCCGCCUCAACGGGGUGGGGCCUCGCACGCCCAACUCCUACCAUCCAAAGAUGGGCUCCCCCCUCAUGCACCCACGCACCCAGACUCUCCCGGCCAAACCCAAAGUGUCUGAGAAGCCCCUGCAGACCACCAGGUCCAACCCGCUCCCCAACUCAGUCCAGACCCCCCCCACCCCCAAAUCUGAGCCCUCCACUCCCUGCCAGUCUCUGGCGCUCUGCAUCCCCAACAGCCCCCGGGUGAGACGCCACCCCCCCCUGACCGUGCCCCCAAAACUCUCCAUCCCCCUCUCCCUCUCCCCCGUUCCUCCUAUGUCGCCCCUCCGCCGCCACCACCUCCACCCUGACCACAACGGCAAAUCUGUCCCCAUCACGCAGGUGACCCCUCACCCCUCCCCAAGAGGGAGCCCUCUCCCCACCCCCAAAGGCACCCCGGUGCACACGCCCAAGGACAGCCCGGCCGGCACGCCCAGCCCCACGCCGCCGCCCAGCCCCUCCAUCGGCGGCAUGCCGUGGAGGACGCGCCUCAACUCCAUUAAGAACAGUUUCCUGGGCUCGCCGCGCUUCCACCGCAGGAAAAUGCAAGUUCCCACCCAGGAGGACAUGUCCAGUCUGACCCCCGACUCCUCUCCAGAACUGGCGAAGAAGUCCUGGUUCGGUAACUUCAUCAACCUGGAGAAAGAGGAGCAGAUCUUCAUCGUCAUCAGAGACAAACCUCUCAGCUCCAUAAAGGCCGACAUCGUCCACGCCUUCCUCUCCAUCCCGAGUCUCAGCCACAGCGUCAUCUCUCAGACUAGUUUUCGGGCGGAGUACAAGUCCAGCGCCGGGCCCACGGUUUUCCAGAAGCCUGUGAAGUUCCAGGUGGACAUCACCUACACCGAGAACUCCGGCGCCACCAAGGAGAUCGGAAUCUACUCCGUCACCUUCACUCUGCUCUCAGGUCCCAGUCGACGUUUUAAACGUGUGGUUGAGACCAUCCAGGCUCAGCUGCUCAGCUCUAACGACCAGCCGGGCGUCCAGCCGCAAAUAUCCGCUUUUUUCAGACGAGAAGAACAUCCAAGCGUCGCACCCCCGGCUCCCCCGCCACGCCUAGCUCCCCCGCCAAGCAUGCCCCCGGCAGCAAGCCCAACCAGCCCCCGCCCAAUGACUCUAAAUGCCCCCCCGGCAAAGACAAAACAAAGACGGCCGCCGGCAACAGGACACAGGAACAACCUUAAGGAGCGCUAGCGGUGCAUGUAGAGGACGAGCGGUUGUCGGGUUGUUAAACAGGAGAGCGACAGAGGAGCGCUGCUAACUCCGCCCCUUUAGCUAGACAGGAAACAAACAAAAAAAAACAAAUCUACUUUUUGCCUAUAAAUUUUCUACCGUAUAACAGGAAUGGCUCAUUCAGUUAAAAUCAGUAUUUUACAAUAAGUAGCAGAUGUAGCUUUGUCGUCCCUCUCGUCCGUCCCCUCUCUCGUGUCCUCGGGGGUCUGUCGGUGGGUGUGUGUCCUCCUCACAUUGACUUGUCUCUGCCACCAGGGAUCAUCCAUAAUAGCUAUUAACCUCGGCGAGACCGGCCGCCGCCAAGAGAGUCCGACCCUGAAGAGAGAAGACACCCCGCUCCUCCCUCCCCCACGCCCCCUCAGUAGACUCCACAUCGCCCCCUGCAGACCAAACAGACACAUCUCAGAAGAGUCGUGAAAAGAGAAAAAAAAGCCUUAAGACAGUGAUGUUUGUCAAAUCUACGAACACAUCCCCCCCCCCACCCCCUUUUCUCUUCCUCCCACAUGUACAUAACAACACACAUCCUGUACGUGCUCCUCCACACACACACCACUUCUCUGCGGGAUGUAAAGACUUGCACAAGAUGACAAAACAGGAAGCGGUGGACGAACGUGUGGACGAGUGAACGCUGGCUGGAUUGUAAUUCUUUUGAAAGUUUCCGUGUGAACGACGGGAUUUUUUACGUUCCUGUAAAAAAGGGGUUCAUGCGGUGAACGUGUGAAAAUGAGCGGAGAAGUGGCGCUACGUAAAUGAAUGAUCUAUUCUGUUGUACAGACUAAAUAAUGUUCCGUAUGUACAAAACGUGUAGUUGUGACAUGUUUUCCAGUUGUGUUGCCAUACUUUGUUUUUUAGUCCUGCACAGGCUCGGUCACGCCCCCUGCGACACAAAGUUUACGUGAAAUUAGCUAAAAUGUAACUAAUUUAAGUAACCGACCAAUAACGCGCUAGCACUCGACUUAGCUCGCCGUUUUGUUUCACCUCCUGUGUCUCGAGUACAAAGUUCGUGAUGCAUCUCAGUUCAGAAACUUUCAAACUCUAUAUCUUCAAUAUUUAACGUUGAGCCUUUAGUUGAUUAGCAGCAACUGUUUUAAUAAUCGAUUGAUUCUUACGAACAAAAGCUCCAAACGUUUCCUGGUUCCAGUUCCUCAGAUGUGACACUUUCCCAUUUGUUUUUUUCCAUAAACGACAUAAACUGAAAAUUAGAUUUUCAUCUCAGACACAACGAGCAGUUUGAAGACGUCUGAGAUUUUUGAGAAAUUCAAUCUUAACUAAAAUCACAGAUUUAACGAUUCGAUUGAAAGAGGAAAUUACUCAAAGAUUAAGAGUUAAUGAAUAAAAUCGUCUGGUUUUAAUGCAUUUAUCUAGUUAGCAACAAAGCUAUCAGACUACGGAAAGUAGCUCAAACAGCUACAGGGUUAGCGUUAGCAGGGUUUUGCGGAUGUAUCUCACGAUGUCGUGUUCUGGCGUGACCGGGCCUCGCCGAGGAAAUGUCUCCUUUUGCUUUGGCACUUUUGAGAAGUGAAACAUCAGCGUUCAGUUCCUUCUUUAGUCUAUUUUUUAUUUUUACUUUGCCGUCGUUUGAAUUAUCUGCAGGUUUCAGACAAUAUUGAACUGCUGUGUAUAUCUUUUGUAUAUUUUUGUACUUUAUUGUAUUUUGUCUUUUUUUUCUUGGUUUUUAAUUUAUUGUUAUUUAUAUGAAAGAUGUAGAGAAUGUUUGUUGACGUCAAAUUAUUUAAGGAUAUUUUUGUCAUGUUUAAGUUAUUCGAUCACGAGAUGUUUGUGAGCAUUUGUUCCUUUUUCCGAGAGAAACCUUGUAAUAUACUUUUGGAAAAUGAUUUAGCGUAAUUUAAGAAUGUAGACGUAGCCUCUUUGAGAGGAACAAACCCUUCGUUGAUAAUUGUCGGCUCCGCCUCCUUCCUCCCUCGUGUGUAUGAUGACUCAGAUUUCACCAAACACUCUUUCUGUAAAUAAGCCGAGUUUACUGACAAGCUUAUUUUUAAAAAACCAAGAGGAUUCCUACUCUUAGCUUUGACCUCGUACGGUUGUUUGCAUGUUCAGCAUUCGUCUUUUCUUUGCAUGUCGUCGUUGGAAUUCUUCUCCUGUUCCCUUUUUCUCUUCACACUUAUUUAUGUAUUUAUGUUAUUUAUGUGCAUUUGUUUGUCUUUUGAUUUUUGGGGAUUUUGGUUUUAUUCCCUUCGCCGUCCUCUCGCCCUCUUCUUCUUCUUCUGGAUUACUGUGAGCUCACAGUGACCGAGCGACGCACCCUCCUCACUCAUUCUCUCAGAGAGGGACCGAUCGGUGGAUUAUCAGAGAGAGAAAUUAAAGCAAUACCUUCCAUUGUUCGCUUUCCUCUUUUUCUACUAUGGGAAUCCAGAGCACACAGAACGGACUCGGAGCACGGAGCGCUACUACUGAGCAGGAGAACCACUGGCAAUGUAUUCCCUCGUGAUGUGACUGUGAACAACUUCAGUGCUAAAGGAAAUAAAUCUGUUGACUUUG